CUCGCAAACACGCACGUGGUAGACGUAGCCGACGCAUAGCCAGUCCUAGGACAUCGCGACAGCGUUGCGUGCUAGACUAGCACCAGUUCGCUGGCGCAACCGGUCCUACCAACACCAACUCAAGAGCUAGCUGAUUAACCCCUGCAUGCUGCCACGCGCUGUGCAAGCGGUGACGCGGCGGACGAGUAGAACCCUCCUCUUUGUAGCCACCGCACGAGCCAUGUCGACGAAGGCCGACCUGAGAUAUGUGUCCAAGCCCGCGUCGGACGCCGCAAACCAGGCUAGUAACCCGGCCAAGUACCCGAGGCAGCUCUACCCCGAGAUCGAGGCUCAUGACUCCGGCAUGCUUAGUGUCGGCGACGGCCACUCGCUCUACUACGACGUGAGCGGCAAUCCCGACGGCGUGCCGUGCAUCUUCUUGCAUGGUGGUCCCGGUGGAGGCAUUUCUCCUCGCUCUAGACGCUUCUUCGAUCCGGCCUUUUUUAGAAUUGUCAUUUUUGAUCAAAGGGGCUCGGGCAAGAGCCAGCCCAACGCCGCCGAGGAUUUACAAGGGAGUCUGAUUGAAAAUAACACUCCUAAAUUAGUAGAGGACAUCGAGAAGCUGCGGGAGCAUUUGAAGGUGGACAAGUGGGGGAUGGUCCUCGGCGGGUCCUGGGGCUCGACUUUGGCAUUAGCGUACGCCGAGGCCCACCCGGCGAAGGUGCGCACGCUACUAUUGCGGGGCGUCUUCUUGUUCGAGCCCGAAGAAGUAGAUUAUCUGUUCGCCAAGGGCGGCACGCAGGGCCAGCACCCCGCGGCCUGGGCGGCCUACUGCAACUACAUCCGCGACACGUCCGACGAUUUUGAGUCAGAGCGCCAGAAUUUAUUAGGAGCCUACUGGAAGCGCCUCACGUCCGACGACGCGGCCACGCGCCUCGCCGCCGCGAGCGCCUUCGUGGGCUACGAGCUGUCCAUCUCCAAGACCUUCGUGGAAGACAAGAUCAUCCGCGAGUGCCUCGAGACGCCGUCGCAAUUGGUACCCUUCGCGGUCAUGGAGGUGUCCUACAUGCUGAACGCGGGCUUCAUGUCGCGGGGGCAAUUGAUCGCCGAGGUCGGCAAGCUCUCUUCCUUAGAACGGGUGUGCAUCAGCCACGGGCGCUCGGACUUCGUCUGCCAGCCCGUCUCCGCGUAUCGGCUGAGCGAAGCCUUGGGCAAGCUCAAGGUCCCGGUCGACCUGGACUUCGUCGCCGCGGCGGGCCACAGCGACACGGAGCCGGGGCUCGUGUCGUCGAUGAUUACUCAUAGCGAUGCGAUCCGCGACCUGCUGGCGAAGUGAGUGGUCGCGUCGACGGCGUAUGGGGGCCUAUAAUACAAAGUCUAGUUAAGUC